AUGGACACUGAAUCUCCUUCGGUUUCUGCUGAAAGAUUCAAGCUUUACGAUGAACUUGAAUUGCAAGAGUUUCAGGACAAAUUUGUUAUCAAAUCUCAUCAAUCUCCUAAUCAUGGCUUUGGGAUUAGUCGUGUUGAUGGAAACAUCAAUUCACUUGAUGGUGACACAGUUUUAGGAAGUCCAACAAAGACAUCUACGAUUUACGGUGUCGUGGGAACAAUAAGAUUGGUUGUAGGAACUUAUGCCAUUGUAAUAACUUCUCGGAAGGAAGUUGGAAGUUUCCUUGGUUUUCCGGUUUAUCGCUUGAUGUCUAUGAGAGUUCUUGCAUGUAAUGAGGCUCUGAAGUUUUCAACUUCUCAAGAAAAAAGGGAUGAAGAAUACUUCUUGACGUUGCUGAAAAUAGUAGAGUCAAUGCCAGGUCUAUACUAUUCUUAUGAAACCGAUAUUACAUUAAACUUGCAGAGAAGAAGCAAGUUAGUUGAAGGGUGGAUGAGUAAGCCACUAUGGAAGCAGGCUGACCCGCGAUAUGUAUGGAACAAGCAUCUUAUGGAGGAGCUCGUUGAGUUUAAGCUUGACAGAUUCAUCCUGCCCCUAGUACAAGGGAAUAUCCUGAAAUUUUAA